AUGUUAUUUUUUUCUUCUAAAUUAUUUAUAUUUAUUCUUAUAUUAAAUUUAAUUUUAGUUUUAGAUAAGAAUAAUAAUCUUAACAUAUUUGAAAAAAUUCAAAACAAUAAACAAAUUCACAUAAGGAUUAAUAAAUAUUUAGCAGAAUACAUUAAAAAUGAAAACACAAAUUAUGAAUCAGAAGAAUUUGAUUCAUUAUAUGAAGAAUUGGUAAAACAAAAAUUAAAAAACUAUCAAAAAUUAAUGGAUCUUAGGAAGAAAGAAAAAAAUUAUGAAAAAAAAAAACUAAAAGAUAAAAUGUGGCAAGAUAAAGUUGUGAGGAGUAAAAUAAAAGCUUAUUAUAUAUUAAGUGGGGAUUAUAAUAAAUACUAUGAAAUGUGUUAUUCGUUUAAGUUUAUUGAAACAAAGAAUAAAACAAAAAAUAAAUUAUAUGAAAUAUGCCAUUCAUUUAAUUUGAUUGAAACAAAGAAUAAAAUAAAAAAUAAAUUAUACGAAAUUAUAUUUAAAGGAACACGUUUCUGGGAUGGCCUUGGGAAUUUAUUAGAAUUGAUAGGAAUUUGCGCAUUAGAAAAUAUGGUAGUAGCUAUUAUUAAUUCUAUUGUUUAUAUUUUAUCAAAAGCUGAGGCCGUUACUAUCAUGAAUUCAAUUGCUAUUGUACCUGGUAGUAUUUAUGGCGUUUUAAUUUUUUUAAUAAUUAUUACAAUUGUUGUAGUUAUAUUAAUUGUUAUUUGGUUAUGGCCAAAGAAACAAACAGAUAGUGAUGAAAAUACCUUAGACACUACGUAA